UUUGACUUAACUUCCGGUAAGUAUGAGCGCGGCAAAAAGUUAUUUUUCUGAAAUUAUAAAUCAUUCUGCAACCUGCAACAUUUGCAGUAGAAUUGUGAAAACGAGCGGCAACUCGUCGAACUUGCUGUCUCACCUUAAAAACAGACAUCGGGACGCAUAUCUAAAGUGUACAAAGAAAUCGACAAAAGUUGACCAGCUCAACAAAAGCAUUGAGAAAAUGUCGUUAGAGAACGCGUUUAAGUUUUCGUCCACUGUUAACAGAAAACAUGAUGAUAUCACGGAGGCGAUUGUGUUUAUGAUCUGCAAAUACAAUUUGCCUGUCCAGAGCGUGGAAAAAGAAGGAUUUACCAAUUUGAUGAAAAAAUGUGUUCCGACUUACAAGAUUCCAAGCCGGUUCAAGGUAACAAAUCUGAUCGAAGCAAAAUACGACAGCUGUGUAGCUAUGAUGAAGACCAUUCUUCAAGAUGUUAAAGACUUUGCGUUCACCUGUGACGGAGUAACAAUCACAAAUUCAACUCGAUCGUACCUAACAGUAGCUGCUCACUUCAUCAAAGAUAAUUGCCUACAAUCGGUUUGCUUGCAAGCAGUUAGAAUGACACAGGACUUAGUGCGCCCUGCAAAUGAUAACGUACCAGAAGAAGCCUGUUCUAAAAUGAAGGAUUUCUGGAGGCGUCAUAUGCGUCUAGGUAGCAAGCAAAUCGUUAAACGUUUAAUUGCGAUCGUGAAUUGA